CGAUAAAACCCAAUUCAAGCUCUGAAUCUUCUUCAAAUUUUAAGUAGUUCAGUGAAACUUAAUGACGCAGUGGAUUUCACCACUGCAGAAUAUUUUCAUUGAUCAACGUGAAUUGCUUAGAUAUAUCAGAUUAUAGAUAAACAUAGAUCUACAGAUGUAUAAUAUUAAUAGGUCAGAAAUGAAACCCUAGAAAAAAGCCCUAAAAAAUUACAAAAAAAUGUUUCCUCAAUUUGGAUCCACAUCGGAGACACUAAGUAAAGCUUCGUCUGUGAUGUUUAGAAUCGGUACAGAUGCUCAUCUCUAUGAUGACCCUGAUGAUGUUAAUAUAAUUCCUCUUCUUGAUAGUCGAUUUGAUUCAGAGAAAUUUGAAGCUUUAAAAAGAUUACUUGCUCUCAUCGCCCAAGGUGUUGAUGUCUCCAAUUUCUUCCCCCAGGUUGUUAAGAAUGUAGCAUCUCAGUCUUUGGAAGUAAAGAAGCUCGUUUACUUGUAUCUGCUUCAUUAUGCCGAAAAGCGUCCAAAUGAAGCGUUGUUAUCUAUCAACUGUUUCCAGAAGGAUUUGUCAGAUACAAAUCCAUUGGUUCGUGCAUGGGCACUUCGUGCAAUGGCAGGAAUCCGGUUACAUGCAAUAGCUCCUCUUGUUCUUGUUGCUGUCAGCAAGUGUGCCAGAGAUCCGUCGGUCUAUGUUAGGAAAUGUGCAGCUAAUGCUCUUCCCAAAUUGAAUGAUUUGCACCAAGAGGAGAACACAUCGUCUCUCGUAGAGAUUGUUGGUAUUUUGCUAUGUGAUCAUUCCCCUGGAGUAGUUGGAGCAGCAGCGGCUGCGUUCAACAUAGUUUGUCCUAAUAAUCUAUCAGUGAUAGGCAAAAAUUUCAAAAAGCUAUGCCAGACUCUUCCUGAUGUGGAAGAGUGGGGUCAGGUAGUCUUAAUUGGUAUUCUUCUUCGCUAUGUAGUAGCGAGGCAUGGACUUGUGAAAGAGUCCAUUCUGUUCUGUUCCCAUGACAAUCACAUUUGUGAUUCUGAAAAGAAGGAUGAAGCUGUUCCUAUAUCUAAUAUUGAUGAAGCAGAAAGGGGAUAUGGGAACAAGGAGUAUGAUUUGACUAGUUUGUUGGCAAGAUGUUAUAUAGAAGGACCAGAUGAAUAUGUAUCACGGUCAAGUUAUAUGGGUGGGGAUACCUCAGGAGUUGACAAUGCAGGUUCUACGUCCAACAAAGACUGUGAUGAUGUAAAGCUUUUGCUGCAAUGCACAUCACCAUUGCUGUGGAGUCAUAACAGUGCAGUUGUACUUGCAGCUGCUGGUGUUCACUGGAUUAUGUCGCCCAAGGGCGAUGUCCGGAGAAUUGUAAAGCCACUUUUAUUUCUUCUUCGAUCUUCUGAUGCCUCGAAGUAUGUGGUUCUAUGCAACAUUCAAGUUUUUGCCAAGGCAAUGCCUUCCCUUUUCACGUCUCAUUUUGAAGAUUUCUUUGUUUGUUCGUCUGAUUCAUAUCAGAUCAAAGCUUUAAAGCUUGGCAUACUCUCCAUAAUUGCAACAGAUGCAUCAAUUCCGUUUAUUUUCCAAGAGUUCCAGGAUUACAUCAGAGAUACAGAUAGAAGAUUUGUUGUUGACACUAUUGCUGCAAUUGGCUUAUGUGCGCAAAGACUUCCAACUGUAGCUAAUACUUGCCUGGAAGGACUUUUGGCUUUGACUGGACAAGAAUCCUUGACUUUUGAUGCGAGUUCAAUGGAUGGCGAAGCAAAUGUUUUGGCUCAAGCAAUUAUGUCCAUAAAAGCAAUUAUAAAGCAAGAUCCUGUAUGUCAUGAGAAGGCAAUAAUACAGCUGGCACGUAGUUUGGAUUCGAUCAAGGUGCCCGUGGCCCGAGCUAUGAUUGUGUGGAUGGUUGGAGAGUACAAUUCUGUGGGGCUGAUAAUCCCAAGGAUGUUAGCGACUAUACUUCAAUACCUUGCUAGAUGCUUUACCACUGAAGCAGCAGAGACGAAGAACCAGAUCCUGAAUACUGCCCUCAAGGUUGUGUUGUAUGGAGAAGGUGAAGUUACUGCAAUAUACAGAAGGGUCUUAAGUUAUGUUCUUCAGCUUGCCAAAUGUGACCCAGACUAUGAUAUCCGUGAUCGAGCUCAUAUAUUAGAGAAUCUUUUAUUUUGCUACAUAACUUCUGAAAGCUUGGAGGAGGGGAUGAUGUAUACACCAAAAGUUACAGACAUACAGCAUAUGCUUGUGAAGAGCAUAUUUGGGGGCAAUAAAAAACCUGUAUCACCUGCACCAAAUAACUAUCGUGUUUUCCUCCCUGGUUCUCUUUCACAGAUAGUGCUUCAUGCAGCUCCAGGGUAUGAGCCUCUUCCAAAGCCAUGUAGUCUACCAUCUGAUGAACUUGGUCAGCUGGAGAUGAAUGGUCAGAGUGAUAAAACCCGUGGACCGCAAACUGCCAAUGAUCACUCUUUUGACACAAAUGAGCUAGACACAUUCUCUGGAUCUUUGGAUGAAGAAAGCGGCUCUGAUUAUAGCUCUCGAGAUUCCGUCACCAGAUCAGAUGAGAGUGAAGGAACUGGCUCUGCAAGUCAAAUUGAUGAAGACGAUCCGCUGAUUCAGCUAUUAGAUGUUAGUACUGCUGAGAAAACUAAUUUGGCACCAUUCUCUGAUGACUUGGGGGGAUUAAUGUCGAAGGGAGCCCUAGAAUCUUGGUUGGAUGAUCAGCCUCGUUCCUCUGAACUCAGCUCAUCUAAACUAUCUUCUGUACAACCAUCUUUAGCAAGGCUUUCCAUACGAGAUAUUGGUGCUAGAGUUAAACCCAGAAGUUAUAUUCUCUUACAUCCUUCAAAUGGAAAUGGCCUUAAAGUGGAUUAUUCAUUUUCUUCAGAGACUUCAAGCAUAUCUCCUACCCUUGUUUGCAUAGAGGUUUCCUUCCAAAAUUGCUCCACAGAACCUUUAGAAGCUAUAAAUUUGGCAGAUGAAGAUUCUACUCGGAAUUCGGAGUCUACAACUUUGGAAACAUAUGAGAGCUCCUCAACCUCCUCAGAAGUACCCACUUUAGUAGCUGGGGAUGACAUUGUCUCGAUACAACCUGGUCAGACAAUGAAAAGGAUCUUUCAAGUUCACUUCCAUCAUCAUCUUUUACCUCUCAGUUUGGCCAUAUGCUGCAGUGGUAAAAGGCUGCCUGUUAAGUUACGGCCUGACAUCGGAUACUUCGUAAAACCACUGCAAAUGAAUAUAGAGGCCUUCCACUUGAAGGAGUCUCAGCUCCCAGGAAUGUUUGAGUACUCUAGAAAAUGCAUCUUCAAGGACCAUAUCAUAGCGCUGAGCAGUGACAAAGAACAUAGCACAGUAACGGAGGACAAUCUUCUUCUAGUUUGCCGGAGCCUAGCUUCGCAAGUUUUGAGCAAUGCAAGUUUCUUUCUUGUAUCAGUAGAUAUGCCAGUUUCUGCCAAACUCGAUGAUGCAUCAGGCUUGUCCUUGAGAUUCAGCUGUGAGAUCUUGAGUAACUCGAUUCCAUGCCUAAUUACCAUUACUGUUGAAGGUAAAUGCUCAGAACAGUUGAGUGUUUCUGUCAAGGUCAACUGUGAAGAAACCGUAUUUGGCUUGAAUUUGUUGAACAGGGUUGUUGCAUUUCUGAGUUGAGUUAUCUCUGUUUUUGGAUGUGAUUUCGUGUUAUGUAUGAGUACUUCUUUUUUUCAUUUCCCCCUCAAGAAUGGCGUUGUUACAUGUUACCUAGAAUUCAGCUCUUCUUCACACACUCUACCAGCACAAAAACUUAAAGUAAAAAACGGAAGAGUGAAGAUUUCUGGGGACGAAGAAAUGACAGCACAACUUCUUGAAAUUUUGAACAUGUGGCUUACAGUGUUAGCAGGUAUCGAAAUUCAGAUUUGUAAGGAUGAAUUUUGACUAGUGUUAUGGUUUGGUUUUUGGUCUCCCCGUUUAGACAUUCCAUUAUUAAUCGCUUCAAUGGUCCCGAUUGU